GGCCUGGAGGAGGAUUUGAUUGGAAAACCAACGGCGCAGCUGGCCGCGGUGUACUCGAGGUUGAGGGGACCGCGAGUAGGCUGGGGGGUGGACAGGACGGGCUAAGACUGGACGGGACCCCGGUCUGCAGCAGCAGGUGACAGCAGCAGGAACAAUGAGAAGGAGAUUGGCCUGAAGGAGGGACCGUCCCUCCGGCGCGGGACAUAUUUGUGGAUGAAACAGACACAGUCCCUGCCAUAGGAGGCUUAUAAGCUAGUUCAAGGGAAUCAAUAAAUGGACAAGAGGAUUUCCAAUGUUGAUGAACUCCAGAAGGAAAGAAAACAGAGUGCUGUGGAAUGCGAUGUUAAUUCUGGGGCGUUGAUGUUUUACAAUGCCUGAUCAAGACAAAAAGGUGAAGACCACAGAAAAAUCAACUGAUAAAAAACAGCAAGAAAUCACCACCAGGGACUAUUCAGAUCUCAAAAGACUUCGGUGCCUUUUGAACGUCCAAUCAAGCAAACAACAGCUUCCAGCCAUUAACUUCAAUAGUGCCCAAAAUAGCAUGACGAAGUCUGAGCCCGCCAUCAGGGCGGGUGGACACAGAGCUCGGGGUCAGUGGCAUGAGUCCACAGAAGCUGUUGAACUUGAAAAUUUUAGUAUAAACUACAAGAAUGAGAGAAAUUUCAGCAAACAUCCUCAGCAUAAACUAUUUCAGGAGAUCUUUACCGCCUUGGUGAAAAAUAGACUCAUAUGCAGAGAGUGGGUUAAUCGAGCCCCAUCUAUUCAUUUUCUGAGAGUGUUAAUCUGUCUGAGGCUACUAAUGAGGGAUCCAUGUUAUCAGGAAAUCCUCCAUAGCUUGGGUGGGAUUGAAAACCUGGCUCAGUACAUGGAGAUUGUAGCCAGUGAGUACCUCGGCUAUGGAGAAGAGCAGCACACUGUGGACAAGCUGGUCAACAUGACAUAUAUCUUUCAAAAACUUGCUGCAGUCAAAGAUCAAAGAGAAUGGGUCACCACAAGUGGAGCCCACAAGACAUUAGUAAAUUUACUUGGUGCCCGAGAUACUAAUGUUCUAUUGGGUUCCCUUCUGGCUCUGGCUAGUUUAGCAGAAAGUCCAGAAUGUAGGGAGAAGAUAAGUGAACUCAACAUUGUAGAGAAUCUGUUGAUGAUUUUACAUGAAUACGACUUGCUUUCUAAAAGACUAACAGCGGAGCUGCUGCGCCUACUUUGUGCAGAGCCCCAGGUGAAAGAGCAGGUGAAGCUCUACGAGGGGAUACCUGUCCUCCUUAGUCUGCUCCACUCCGACCACCUGAAGCUGCUCUGGAGCGUUGUCUGGAUUCUGGUACAGGUUUGUGAGGACCCUGAGACCAGCGUGGAAAUUCGUAUUUGGGGAGGCAUCAAACAGCUUCUUCAUAUUUUACGAGGAGACAGAAAUUUUGUUUCUGAUCGCUCCUCCAUCGGAAGCCUGUCCAGUGCAAAUGCUGCAGGCCGAAUUCAGCAGCUUCAUUUAUCAGAAGACUUGAGCCCUAGGGAAAUACAAGAAAAUACUUUCUCUCUUCAAGCAGCCUGCUGUGCUGCCCUCACUGAGCUGGUGCUCAAUGACACCAAUGCCCACCAGGUGGUUCAGGAAAAUGGUGUAUAUACAAUAGCAAAAUUAAUUUUACCAAAUAAACAAAAGAAUGCAGCAAAAACUAAUCUCUUACAGUGUUAUGCUUUCAGAGCCUUGAGAUUUCUCUUCAGCAUGGAAAGAAACAGACCACUCUUUAAAAGACUUUUCCCCACAGACUUGUUUGAGAUCUUCAUUGACAUAGGACAUUAUGUACGUGAUAUCAGUGCUUAUGAAGAAUUGGUAUCCAAGUUGAAUUUAUUAGUGGAGGAUGAACUGAAGCAAAUUGCUGAAAAUAUUGAAAGCAUUAAUCAGAACAAAGCUCCUUCGAAAUAUAUAGGCAACUAUGCGAUUUUGGAUCAUCUUGGAAGUGGAGCUUUUGGCUGUGUUUACAAGGUUAGAAAGCGUGGUGGUCAAAAUCUUUUAGCGAUGAAAGAGGUCAAUUUACAUAACCCAGCAUUUGGAAAGGAUAAGAAAGAUCGAGACAGCAGCGUAAGGAAUAUUGUUUCUGAAUUAACAAUAAUUAAAGAGCAGCUUUAUCAUCCUAACGUUGUACGUUAUUACAAAACAUUUCUGGAAAAUGAUAGGUUGUACAUAGUUAUGGAGCUUAUAGAAGGAGCCCCGCUUGGAGAGCAUUUCAGUUCUUUGAAGGAAAAACAUCACCAUUUUACUGAAGAAAGACUAUGGAAAAUAUUUAUACAGCUGUGCUUAGCUCUUCGAUACUUACACAAGGAGAAGAGGAUUGUCCAUAGAGAUCUGACACCAAACAACAUUAUGUUGGGGGAUAAGGACAAAGUAACAGUUACUGACUUUGGCCUGGCAAAGCAAAAACAAGAAAACAGUAAACUCACGUCUGUUGUUGGAACAAUCCUGUAUUCUUGCCCCGAGGUACUGAAGAGUGAGCCGUACGGGGAGAAGGCUGAUGUCUGGGCAGCAGGCUGCAUCCUUUAUCAGAUGGCGACUUUGAAUCCCCCCUUCUACAGCACUAACAUGCUGUCCUUGGCUACAAAAAUAGUGGAGGCGGUAUAUGAACCAGUGCUAGAAGGUAUCUACUCUGAAAAAGUAACAGACACCAUCAGCAGGUGCCUCACUCCUGAUGCAGAAGCUCGUCCAGAUAUUGUACAAGUCAGUUCGAUGAUAUCAGAUGUCAUGAUGAAAUAUUUAGACAACUUAUCUACAUCCCAGUUGUCCUUGGAGAAGAAGCUAGAACGGGAACGAAGACGCACACAAAGGUAUUUUAUGGAAGCCAACCGGAACGCCGUCACGUGUCACCAUGAGCUGGCUCUUCUAUCUCACGAGACCUUUGAGAAGGCAAGCUUGAGUAGCAGCAGCAGUGGGGCAGCCAGCCUGAAAAGUGAACUUUCAGAAAGUGCAGACCUGCCCCCUGAAGGCUUCCAGGCCUCCUAUGGUAAAGACGAAGACAGGGCCUGUGACGAAAUCCUGUCAGAUGAUAACUUCAACCUGGAAAAUACUGAGAAAGAUAUAUAUUCAGAGCUAGAUGAUGAAUUGGACAUUUCGGAUAACUCCAGCAGCUCCAGUUCAAGCCCUCUGAAAGAAUCUACAUUCAACAUUUUAAAGAGAAGUUUUAGUGCUUCAGGAGGAGAAAGACAAUCCCAAACAAGGGACUUCACUGGAGGAACAGGAUCAAGACCAAGACCAGCUUUGCUGCCUCUUGACCUGCUUCUGAAAGUGCCACCCCUCAUGCUCAGGGUCCACAUUAAGGAACUAGAGGCCGAGUUAGUGACAGGGUGGCAGUCCCAUAGCCUUCCUGCUGUGAUUCUUCGAAAUCUCAAAGAUCAUGGGCCACAGAUGGGCACAUUCUUGUGGCAAGCAUCAGCAGGAAUUGCUGUGUCCCAGAGGAAAGUACGUCAGAUCAGUGAUCCUAUUCAGCAGAUAUUAAUUCAGCUGCACAAAAUAAUCUAUAUCACACAGCUCCCUCCAGCUUUGCACCACAAUUUGAAAAGAAGGGUUAUAGAGAGAUUCAAGAAAUCCCUCUUCAGCCAGCAGAGUAACCCUUGUCGUUUGAAAUCUGAAAUUAAAAAGUUAUCUCAGGGAUCUCCAGAACCAAUUGAGCCCAAUUUUUGCACUGUAGAUUACCAUUUAUUACAUCAUUCAUCCAGUGGAAACAGCCUGUCCCCAAAUGACCCGACAGGCUUACCAACCAGCUUUGAAUUGGAGGAAGGAAUAACAUAUGAACAGAUGCAGACUGUGAUUGAAGAAGUCCUUGAGGAAAGUGGCUAUUACAAUUUUACAUCUAACAGGUAUCAUUCCUAUCCAUGGGGGACCAAGAAUCACCCAACCAAAAGAUGAAAAUGCUGCAUUUUGAGUGGACUUGGUUUUCUCAGUGAAGUUCAAGUUCUGGACUUCAGCCACUAUUGCAAGAUGCCCAAGGAUUGGGUGUGGAAAAGCCCAAGAUGCCGUGGGGCCGCAGGACUUCUUCCUGGGGGUCCUGUGCUGGAGUAUAUGACAGCUGCAGUGCCUGAGGGCUUCAUUGCCAGAACGCAUUAUAUACAGGAUGGCAGAGCUGUCAGUGUGCUGCUGGGAGGAAAUGUUGCAAAAUUCAUCUUUGCAGGGGUAGGGGGAAAACCCAAAAACAACAACAAAAAAAACGCUCUUACAGAAUUUUCCUCAACAUUAAAAAAAAAAACUUGUCAUAUUUUUCAAAGGC